AUAUACUAUAUGUACACAUAUACCAUACAUAUAUAUGUAUUUAUUUAAAAACUUCACGCAAAAACAUUUAUUUUUUUGACUAUAUGAAUGUAUUUCGUUCACAAUCGCUGAUAAGAAAAUAUGUAAAAGUUAUCGAUAUCUUCUGCAUAUAAAGUUCGAAGUACAAGUAUCGGAUUUCUUAUGUUUGUAUACAAUUUGAUAAAAAAAAACCUACUGAAAAAAUUAAUAGCCAUUUAUUUAUAAUAUUGGGCUCUGCCGUCUAAGAUUAUCAAACACUGUACAAUAUGACUAUCAACACUGACAUUUAAACAAUAUUGAGUGAAUGUUCUCUUUAGACACAUAUGCAGAAUAGAAUUGUCUUUAUUCCGUAUAUACAUACAUAUGUAAACACUAGAUGAAGCAAUGCAUAAAUAAUAGACAUUUUUAAUAUCGACUUUAAAGAAGUUAUUGGAGACGAUGUCCAUGUUCCCAAUGCUUAUCAAUACUAUUUAAUGUAUGCAAAAAAGUUGCUACUGGGUUAAUGUUUUUUAUUUGUAUGUUCUUUAUUGGGCUAUAGUUGAACCAGAGAACUUAGAAGUCCAUUUAUGUUCUCUGGUUGAACACUUGCUUUUGUGAUAACAACAGAAUACAAUUGUUUACGAAAAGAGAACAAAGCACAUUUUCAAGAUUUGACAACACACGUGGUUUGCAAACAACUCUGACACUAGAAAACUUUUGUUAACAUAUUGUAUGAUUUUAAAUUAUAAAAAGUGCACUCAAUUGGGUUUUUAAACGUGUCUGUAAAUGAAAUUUUGAAAAAAGGAAAAGCACCAUAUCUUUUUGCUUGUAAAAAUCAUUACAUAAAUAUUAAAACACAAUACCACGCUUGAGUUUGAGCACAAACAACUUGGGAACAAAACCACCAUAAAGUAACUACACAGCAACACUUCGUUUGGAUACCUUUUCUUAUUUAAACACAGAAUUAAUAAUUUUAAUACUUACGAUUUAUUGUGAUGUAGUGAAAACUUCAGGUGAUUUUCAGCGACUUAAUUGAUUUGCUUUUAAGUUGACAUUAACAGCUGAUGCUUUGAAGACAGUAGAGAAGCACAGCAAAAAGAGAACAAAAUAAAAAGUGGACACUGUCAAAAACGUACGGAAGCCGUCGAUAUAAUUAAUAUACUAGCCUAUUGAAUAUAAAUUUGAAUUGAAAUAAGUUCAGCUCUAUUAAAUAUGAAGCGUUUACAUGAAACAGUGGCGACUACGAAGUUGCGGGUACCGUCUGAUGUUGAUAAGGAGAAACAAGUGAAGAUAGAUAAGUCUGGCACAUCAGAGGAAGAUGCUGAUUGUGAAGAAGAUGAGGGUAGCAGCAGCGAUAGUGAUAAUGAAGAUUUCAAUAGUAGACGUCACUUACCACGCCUUGGUAAAUGCGAAGUUUGCGCCGCUGUUAAUGCACGCUAUUGCUGCCCUAAAUGUGAGGUGAAAACUUGCUGCUUGCGUUGCGUACAAAUACAUAAAAAGGAGCUCGACUGUGAUGGCAAACGCGAACGUACCAAAUUCAUACCACUGAGGAAAAUGACCAAGAUGGAUUUUAUGAGCGAUUAUUACUUUUUGGAAGAGUGCACACGUUAUGUCAGUGAUCGCAAGAUGGAUACAAUAAAACGUUUUACACGUUACAAUAAAACAUUGCCAACACAUUUGUUUCGUUUACGCGGUGCUGCUGCAGAACGCCGUACGGUGCUACGAUUUUUGUUGCCUAAUUUUACGCGCCACAAAAAUAAUACCACCUACUUUGAUUGGAAUUUACGUAAAAUUUUUUGGCGCAUCGAGUGGGUGUUCGUCAAUGCGGGUGGCUUGCAGUAUGUGGAUGAGCGUUGCGAUGAGGAUUUGAGGUUGGGACUGCUGUUGGACAAAUAUGUGAAUUUAAAAAGCGCAGAAGUCGUGCCAAAAAGGAAGGCAUUGGAAUACUAUGAAAGUGCAGGAUUUAAUAAACUGAAGUUGCUACUAAAGGCGGAAGGUAUUAAAUCUUCGCGUACGCGAUAUUAUGCUUUAGAUGUGCGUAAAACAUUAAAAGCCAAUUUAACAGACAAAACAUUAGUAGAGUUCCCAUGCAUCUACGUCAGUUAUGAAGAAAAUCCGGCGGGUUGUGAUAUUAUUGAUAGCGAUGAAGAUGUCGAAGCGGAGACCAAAAGUCAUGAAGCCACCAUAGAAGCCUUACACAAACAUCGUUUGGUGGAGAAUUCAACAAAAAGCGAAAAUGGUGACACCGGUGAUGUAAAAGUGGCGCGUGAUGCUGAAAAACUGUCCAAUGUUCUAGCAGAGAAACGUCGUGAGACACGUGCGCGCAAACGUGAGGAGUUCGAAAAAGCACACAGCAAUUUCCUUUUCACUGACGAGCAAUUGUGGGAAAUGUUAUCGUCUUCAGGUGAAGAAACAGAGGAAGAAAACAGCAAAAGCUAAGUAAUAAGUUAUAUCCAAAAAAUUAGUGAAAAUUCACAUAUGUAUAUACAUACAAACGUGAAUAAGUACGUAAGUAGGUUUAAACCAUUUCUAAUUGUAAUAGGCACAUAUUGAUAUUUUACAAACUCAAAUAUAUUUUGUUUUUAUCGAGUGAAUUAA